AUGGCUGUCGCAAAGCGCAAUCGCUCAGAGACCAAGGUCGACCCUUCGGCAAAGAACAUCAAGGACGCUGUUGAGCAGAUCCGUCUGUUGGAGCGUCAGGUCGCAGAGAGCAAGACCCACUUCAACAACAUUGUUACCUUGAUUCAGUUCUGCGAGGACGACUCGUCAAAGGUCAUUCAUGCUGCUAUGCAUGCGUUGUUCAGAGUGUUUUCGCCAAUGCUGUCGAGAGGCGAGUUGCAAAAGCCCAAGAAGGCUACCGCAGAGGACAAGAAGGCGACCGUGACCUUGUGGCUCAGGGAGAACUAUGUCAAGUACCUCAACAGGAUGUGCGCCAUCUUGGACGUCCCCGAGGCUGGACUCCAGGUCCCUGCCUUGAAGAUCUUGCUCGACAUUGUCAAACUGGAAUCGGCUCACCUCUCCACUCUUUCGGGAUCACACCACUUUGCCAACGACCUCUACUUGAACAUUGUCGACGCCCUCUUGAACUGCAGCAACAUGAGUGCACCCUUGCUGAACGAGUUCACACAAAAGUACUUUGGAUUCUAUGACGACCUCCGCUUUUACUUUUUGAAGAAUGCCGCUCAGAUCAUCAAUGCCGCCCUCGGAACUAAACCCAAGAAGGACAACAAGGCACCCCAAAACAAGAAGCAAAAGACGACAGGACAGGCACCACCUGCCAAGUUGGCGUUGAUUCUGGAGAACGCGUUCGCUAUCAUGGAGACGUUGAAGUCGAUGCCCACCGAGGCCAAGGAGCUGGACGAGUUCUGGACAGGGAACCCUGACCCCAACAACGAGAAGAAGGAAUACACUGGCGAGAGCUUUGGAUUCUCAGAGGACGAGGACGACGCAGUGGAGGACUUGACCAAGAACACAUCGGCAGCUCACAUCAAGAGACAUCCCUUGCUCACCCUCUUCAACCACAAACGCGUCUUCUCUGACUGCUGGACCGCGCUUCUCAGACUCCCAUUCACAACUGUGAUCUACAAGAAGACCCUUCUCAUUGUUCACAAGCGCAUCAUCCCCCACUUGCCACAACCCACCGUCCUCAUGGAUUUCUUGACCGACUCUUACAAUGCCGGAGGAGCUAUCAGCUUACUUGCCCUGAAGGGACUGUUCGUUCUCAUCACCGAACACAACCUUGAUUACCCGGAUUUCUUCCAAAAGUUGUACAUGCUUUUUGACCGGAAUCUUAUGCACGUCAAGUACCGUGCUCGUUUCUUCAGUCAAGUCGACAUUUUCUUGUCAUCUCCUCUUUUGCCUGCACAGUUGGUCGCUGCGUUUAUUAAGCGCAUGUCGCGUCUUGGUCUCUCUAGUCCUCCAGCCUCGAUUGUCAUCAUCAUUCCCUUUAUCUAUAACCUGUUGAAGCGCCACCCAACCUGCAUGCAGUUGAUUCACGGAAAGGCCAACAGCGAGAAGAAUGACAGCUAUAACGCCUUGGAGGAUGAUCCUAUGAAGAGCAACGCCUUGCAGAGCUCUCUCUGGGAACUUCAAACACUUCAAAACCACGUUGCACCCAAUGUGGCGACACUAGCCAAGAUUUUCAACGAGCAGUUCACCAAGCCUUCGUACAACCUUGAGGACUUUUUGGAUCACACAUAUGCGACCAUGUUCCAGAACGAGAUUACCAAGAAGCGGAAGGACGAGGCUGCGAUCGCAGUAGAUGCCCCCAAGGGUCUCUUUGUAGCAGCGGUUGAAGAGACCGCCGAGGAGGAGGGAGAACAGGACGCUGUUGUUCCUGGAUGGGAGAGUUGGUCUUUUUAG